CUAAUUUCGUUAAUUUAUUCUGAUAAAACGACAACUAAACUAAUUGUGUGUGUGUAAAUCUUUGCUGGAGCUUGAAGAGAAAUGUAACCUGCGCGAGGAAGGAAGAACUGCUCCUGCAACUGCAUCUGAUCGAUUGGCUCUCGGCUGUUCAAGUAUAAACCUCAGCCAAUUUGUCCUCCGGACGAAAGAAAUUCGCCUGCGGAGAUGAGAAGACAAUCGUAUUCGUCCAGCAUGAGCAUCGGGAGUGCGAGCGGCGCCGGCGAGCCUCUGAUCGUCGUCGAGGAGAGCCUCCUGGGGGAAGAGGAGGCUGAACGGCGAAGAACCGAAUCCCCGCCCCGCUGCGUGGAUCCGGAUUCUCCCUCACUCAACCCGUAUCUUCUUUCGCCCUGGCGAGAGACUCGGAAACAUUCCCUUCCCACGCCCCAGUGCACCUCGGGUAUCACCGCGUCGCAGGUCCGGCGACUUAGCGAACGUGGAGAGGGUUCCGGGCCGACAGCCCGAGAAGCUGCGUUCCUGGCGACGCUUUCUCAAGCCCCAGCACCACAGCCUGGGGGCCGUCGACACUCCGUUGUGACGAUAUCGAGGGUGCCACCGACUCUUUUCGGCCGGAACCGGCGCGAGUCCAUCGCAGCAUUUCCCAUGGGAGCUCCGAGGAUCCUUCCGAGCAGACGGGACUCGUCUUCGAGCAUCGGUUUGCCGCCCAGCAACAGCGGAAGCACGCACAAUCUCCAGUUGGACAUCAUGGACGACAUCGCCGAGAUAAAGGCGAAGAAAGUGCGCAUGAAGAUGUGGAAGACGCCGUCUCGCGAACGAGUCUGCGAGGUUCAACCGCUGGAAGGAAACGUCGCGGCUCAAAGAUACACCCAGCAGCAGCAACAGCGGAGAUAUUCGGACUUCGCGAUUGCCGGAGCGCUGCCUCCGGCGACGGGUUCGAUCCGUCGUCGAGCCUCGGAGAUGCCGAAGCUACCGUUGGGGGUGGCGGGGGUGGCGGGAGCCUCGACACCGGUGUCUGGGGUAUCGGGAGCGGCGGGAAUCGUCUGCUCGAACACGGACCUGAUCUCGAUUCUGAGCUCACUGACAUCCUCGGCGACCGAGAUAAACCGCUGCGGCCUGGACCAGGACACUGGUUCUAAGCCAGAUCUGGGCGCGAGAAGCGCCGAUAACCAGCAACGGCGGCGGCGCCUGGUCGACUUCCGGUCCAACAGCUUCGACGUCUCGAUCCUCCACGAGACCGGAAACAAGCCGCAGGGCUCAACCUCGCCCCGGAACUCGUCGGCGCCCUCGAGCUGGUUCGUAAAGCGGCACCAACCGAUGUCGAAGAAGCAAAGAGGCGAGGAAGCUUCACCGACCGCCGUAACCUUCCGCGACGAGCGAUCGACCGUCGUCAAGAUCUUCGACCCCCUCGCCAAACCGGUGAAGCUCUCACCGACACGGGAACUCCCCGCAAAUCCAACCCCCGAAUCAACCAGGCACAAGGUCGUCUGGGACGACAAGAGCGGCACCAAGGUCGACGCCCAGGUACUCGGAAGUGCGAUUGAAGACUUCCUCACCGCUCAACGUGGAUCAGAUCCGAGCCCCGAAACACCGACUUCCGCCGCCUCCAAGUCGGCUGGGGUUUCGCCCAACAAACCCAGAUCCAGUCCCAGCAAGGUGGCCACAUGGUUCUCCGGUACCAGUGCCAAGGAGGAGGAACAGGCCGAGAACUGCGAACCUUCGCUCUGCUCCACCCUUAAAGACCUCUUCGUUAAGUAG